AUUCUUAUCCAAAGGAAGCUUAUGGUUGUAUCCGAACACAUAUGAUAAAACGCAACGCUAUCGAUGAUGUGUAUUUGAAAAUGGCGCGACGCGGUAACCUCUGUACAAUUUGUACAACUUUCUGAAUACACUUUUAUAAAGCAGUUACCUAAUAAUUGUGGAGUAAAGGAAAAACACGAUUCUUCUGUAUAACUACUAAGCAUAAACCUUUUGACAUUACGGAUGUUUAAUCUUUCGAAUCGAAUAUAAUUUCAACAUUCGUCCAACUAUUUUUAUUCGUAAAAAUAUCAUGCUACUGGAAUGAAAAUUUGUUAUACCGCCAAACGUAUGCAUCGUACAUACUAUUAUCCGCAUAAUAGAAAAACCUGUAGAAAUUUGUCUACAGCUUGCUUAAGUUUCAUCAUUUUCGUAAAAUAUCGAUACACACGGUGGUUUGGGCGUGGUGUAUCUGUUCCCCGAAUAAAGUUGGUACUUCAAUUACCAAGACCGCAAGACCACUCAAGACUGAUGUAUUUACGAUAAAAUAUUGUACAAUCAAGGUUAACUCCGAAAAUUCAUUCUAAAGGAAUUUCUAAGGUUGCGAGAUAAGGUAUUUAUGAGUCAGCCAUUCAGUUGUGUCACGGUAAUUGCACGAAGUAUAUUUGAAGAUUUUUUGGAGUGAAAAACUUUUGGUUUCUCAGUUUAAAACAAUAUUUUGGACAAUAUAUUUGAGAAGAAAAUCAUUUUUGACCACUUACCAGAAAAAUGUCCAAUGUCGGUAAUUUGGAACAACAAAUUGCAAGUUUGCAAAUUAAUCAUGGAGAUAAUGUCGCAACUAUCAAGCCUGGAAAGAAGGUGGGACCAGCUGUUCCUCCUAAACCAAAAAAAUCACAACCCCAGAAUUUGUUCCAGAUACCACAAAGUUACACUAUAAAGGUUCCAUCUGUGCCAUCGUACAGUACUGUACUUAACAAUUCCGGAACGAAUGAGAAAUCAUCAAAUUUAUACAUGAAUUCUCCUUCGUCAUAUGUGCCAUUAAAUAUGGAAAAAAAUGAUUUUUCAUUGUCAUCGUCCACAAAUGGAAAAGAUGUUCAUAAAAGUUAUCAAAACAACGAGAAUUAUUACGCGCACCAAAUAGAGGAGAAGUUCGAACCGAAAUAUGGUUACGAUGAAAAAAAUUACUACUCGAAUAUUGGAAAUAUACCUGCUCCUCAAGUUCCAGUCGACGAUCAUUCAAGAUCAAUGAGAAACGUUGUAUACAGCAAUAUAGAUCCUCCGAUAUCCAUGCCAGUUAAUAAAACUGGGCCUAAGACAGAAAAAGACAUUAUCUACAGUAAUAUUCAAUGGAACUCUAAACCAGAGAAUACAUAUUGCAAUAUACCCGCUGCUGCUCAUAACAAUGAUGACUUACCACCACCACCAGAACCCUCAGAAUACGUUCCUUGUGUACCAGGCAAUUCUUUCCCGCCUCCACCCGAAGAACUACCACCUCCGCCAAGUCCUGUAUCUUCCAGCUACAGUGAAUUAAGACGUGCCACUUAUCAAACAGAUUUUCCUUCGGAUAAUUAUCCAAACGAUAUUUAUGGUCCAAGCUCGCAAUCCAGUUCGACGUACGAAUCUAUAUACGAACCGAUUAAUCCCAGACCGCCAUCGCAGCUUUCUUGUAAUUAUUCCAUGUAUUCUGGUUACGGAUCAGCUACGUCCACGCAGCCACAAGGGAAAGUAUCUCCGGUUAAAGAAGUGGAUGUUCUGACCGACCUGUUAGUCCAAGGAAUGGAGGAUAAUGCCGAAGAUGCCGACAUUUAUGGAAUUUGUGCACAAUGCGGUCGUAAAGUCGAAGGCGAAGGUACCGGUUGCUCCGCGAUGGAUAAGGUGUUUCAUAUCGACUGUUUUUGUUGUUACGUUUGUAAAGUAAAUCUACAGGGUAAACCGUUUUAUUCGUUGGAAAGCAAACCGUACUGCGAGGAAGAUUAUUUGAAUACUUUGGAAAAAUGCUGCGUUUGUACCAGACCGAUACUCGAUAGGAUAUUAAGAGCCACAGGAAAACCUUAUCAUCCAUCCUGUUUCACGUGCGUAGUUUGUGACCAAAGCUUAGACGGUAUACCUUUCACGGUAGACGCAACGAACCAAAUUCACUGUAUACAAUGUUUCCACAAGAAAUUUGCUCCACGUUGUUGCGUUUGUAAAUUACCAAUUAUGCCAGAACCAGGGCAGGACGAAACUGUACGGGUUGUAGCAUUGGAUCGUAGUUUCCACAUUCAGUGUUACAAAUGCGAAGACUGUGGGUUAAUUCUUUCUUCCGAUUCCGAAGGACGCGGAUGUUAUCCUCUGGAUGAUCAUGUACUGUGUAAAAGUUGUAACGCUACUCGCGUGCAAGCACUGACAUCACACAUGACGACUGAAUUGUAAAUCGUACAAGCAGACUAACUCUGUGCAUAUACUAUGCUAUUGCAUUCGUAGUAGUUGUUGGGGAAAUCUUGAACGUAUUUAGACGAGUACAUUGUUAAAAAUAGUUUUCAAAGAACUUUGCGAAUCGAAUCCUUUUUACAAAUAUUCACUGAGGAGAAUAAGCUAAUUUCCAUCAAAAUUACUAUUAUUUUCUGUACACUGCCAUAAUCAAAAUGCCAAGAAUUUUUUAUACCUUUAUAACUAUAUAUUAUUCGCUAUAAAGUGAAUAAGUAAUAAUUAAAGAAAUUUUAAAGCCGAACGAUGAUUGUCGUAAUCAAAAGUACGUCCUCGAAAUAAUUAUUGUUCACUAGGCUACUACGGUGAUCGAUGUGAUUUUAACGAUAUUUUGCAUAUGCGAUAAACGUAAUAUCUAAUGUCGAGGUAUAAAAGUAUGCGAAACGAAAUUCACAUAAUAGAGCGCGUCAAUGAGAUAAAUGAGAUACGAAAGAGAAAUUGUGCAAUUUAUAUGCUCGUUUUUAUUAAUGAAAAAUAUGUAAAGUGUAUACUCCAAUAUACCGAACUUGUUAUUGUAUUUAGAUCUCCGCUUUAUGGUAAAACAUGUGAUACGAUAGAAUUAAUACAGUGUAUUAGUGCAAAUACCUUACAUUAUACUGUGUCUACUUAGUAAACGAAAAGACUAAAUAUAUAGUAAGUAAUAGGACUUAAUUAUAAACUGUACUGUUGGAAUAAAUAUCGAAUUAAUAAAAUAUCCAAUAUAUCGAACGAACAAAUGUAAUUUCAGUUCGAUUAUUUUUACGUUGUGUCGAGGAACGAGAAACGAGAAACGAGAAACGAGAAACGAGAAACGAGAAAAGAAAAAUGAAAUUAUAAACAAGAAAGGUAAAUUCACAAAUACAGUGUAUAUGUACUGGAGCAUUGUAUAUUUCAUAUCUUUUAUGAGAUUUUAUUAUUAUAUAUUUGCAGGAGAGAUUCACACUUAUUUUAGUCUAUACCUUUUCUUCGCUAUGUCUCUUCCAUCUAUAUAAUGUUCAUGCACAGAUAUUUUUAUUUUAUUUUCUUUUUAAAUAUAUGCAUCCCUUACACGUAAUAUAUUUUUUUUUAUUAUCAUCGAGUACUUAGAUAGAUUUUUGUUGUACAACCUACAUGUCAUUUUAUGUAUAAGUUAUGUUUUUUUUUAAUACAUCAAUUUUUGUGUUUUAGGAGCUGCAUGCUUCGUAGAUUGUGGAACGUGUCUCAUCGAUUUUCUCUUCGAAGAAAUGAACUCUAUACUCAAGUGUUACACUAGUUAACGUUUCUUAACGAGCAAAACAUAAAACCAUCGACUGGUAUAUAUGUUUUUUAAGAUUGUCCUAUAUUAGCUUUUUACAUUCUCAGAAGUUAUUUAGUUAACCGUUUAUCUUAAGAUUAUCUUAACAGCGCUAUAAACAAUACUAAUUUAGAAACGAAAGAAAAAUCAAAACGAAAAUAAGCGACUGUUCGUAAUAAGAAAACCUUUGAACGAGUACCAAUAAAAGCUACUUUACCGUAUAACAUAUCAUACAUACGCGUACGGUAAUCCACAAUCGUAGAAAGCAUACCGCUUAUACCGUGUAUAAUAUACAUCAAUUAUAUAUCUAUAUUGAACUACGCAUACCCUCUAAUAUCUAUCUUAGAUUUUUAUAUUAUAAUAUACUUUUCGAAGUAUAUAUUAUAUAUUUUAUGUCGUAUCAGCACCAUUCUACGUUGAAUUUAGUACAUGAAUUACAACCGCGAUUAAACGACUCGUUUCCUAGCACACGUUUCAUUUAUUAGACCGGUACCAAACUGAACAUAGAAUCGUACUUUGCAUUUCUUCUUACAUGUAUAUAUGUAUGUGUGUGUUUGUUUGUUUGUUUGUUUCUGUGCACGCGCGUGUGUGUGUGUAUAUAUAUAUAUAUAUAUAUAAUAUAUAUUUGUGUGUAUGUACGUGUUGCGCGUGUGCUAGUUAUGUAUGCAUUGGUAAUGUAUACGCGUGUAGCGUGUGAGAAACAGUAUCGAUACAACGACACACGAAUUCUUACACACAUAAAACUAUCUUCCUCUUUUCGUUUAACUUGCAUGCAAUAAUCACAGCCACCAAUCCAAGUUCACGCUCAAGCACACCCAAAGUACAUACCCUUAUGAUACUCGCAUUUCAUAUACCUUCUAGCAUACAUUUUUGUUUCUUUUCGUUCGUUAAUAUCUAUCUUUCAUAUAUGUAUAUAUAUAUGUACUAUAUACUAUACACAUAUAUAUAUAACAUAUGCAUAUAUUUAUAUGUAUGUAUAUAUGUAUAUUGCUGGAGAUAUCCUUUCGUGUAUUAUACAUAGAAAUAGGUGCCGAAACGAGCUGCUCAGGGUUUUUAUCUUCGAUUACGUGUUAUUAAUAAUAUCGUUUUCUGUACCAUCGUAAUAUGAGAGAAAGAAAAGGGGGCUCGUGCGACUCGGAUGCCACAAAUGGGAUGAUGAUUUUUUUCCUCGCUUUACUAUUUUCCUUUUCUCUACGUGUACCAUCCUAAAAUCAUCGUUUCUAAUUAAACUUCCUUUCCCAAUUUCCUUCUUUUUUUUUUUUUCUCUAAACAGCAUACUUUCACACUUUCAAAUUCGCUGGGUGCUGGUGGGCCAUGAUCGGCCUGUAAAUCAAUAAAUAAAUAGAGGAACAACAUUCUUCAAACAUCUUUUUUUUUUCUUAUAACAACAUUAGAGGCUCUUGGAACGUAACGCAACAAAUGUUCAACAAUACAAUUACGAAAACAAAUAGAAGGCACUCUUGCAUUUCUUUUUUUUCUUUUUUUUUUUCUUUCGUCAAUAAAUUAAUUUCUUUCGUAACGACUCACGGGUAAUCUAUGCGUCCUAGGCCUUUGUCGUCUGUUCAACUACAUACUCCUCGAAUAUAUAACCUUUUUUUUUUUUUUCACUUUUCACUCUCUCCUCGUGUCUCUCUCCCUUUUUGUAUCUUUUAUUUUCUUUGUUUCGUUUAAGCUUCUUUUAUAGUCUUUUCUUCUUCCUUGUCUACGUUGCCGCGACAUCUAAAUCACAGCGCCACAAGUUCCGGCAUCGUUCUCAGUUUCCGGUAUCCUCGCUUUUUUAUUAUUUUUCUUUUUUUAAAUAGAUAAUAAUAGCUACAAUAUGCGAGAUAUGAGAUAACAAAUUGUCUCAUUUAUAGAUAAAAGAAAUUCACAUUCAUAACAAUUAGGUAGAAUAUCAUUUAACCCUUUUUAUAUUAUAAUAAUUUAAUUAUUGUUAUUUGCUUGGAAGCUCACAGCCGACACAUUUAUUUAAUUCAGUAUUACAUUUUUUUUCUUUUUUAUCGUUUUUUUUUUUUUAUCGUAUUCAUUUGUUGGGUACAGGGCAUCAUCUCUUUUUUCCUCUUUUUUUUUUAAUUCGUUUUGUAACAACUACUUUGUUACGAUCAUCUUUUGUCCCUUUUUUGCGCGCAGAUAAUUUGUCGAAAUAAAAAAAAAAGAAAC